UCAGUGUCUCGGCGAAAGUUGCAGCGUGCGGUCGCAAUUAUUAUACACUAAAAAUGUGUUUUAAUUUUGUAACGGAAAUAUUUAUUUGAAAUUUUUUAUUUAUGAAAUUAAAAGAAAGAAAAAAGAUUGUGAAACUGUGAUUUAUAGGUGAUCUAGAUUUUGAUAAAUGCUCAAAAAUAUUUGCACGUAUUUUAGAAGAAAAUUAAAAAUGAAUACAAAAUCUGUAUGAAUUUUUAACGCAAAUAAAUAGAUUUCUGCAAAAUAAAAUUGAUUAAACCAAAACGAUAUUAAAUAACCUAUAUACAAUUUUUAAGUGAAAAGAACUUAAUUUCUUUAAAAAUAUAUAACUAAUUUUAUUUAUAUAUAUAAACAGUUUAAUAAUUAAAUGGAUUAACUUAAAAAAGAUAAAUACUAGAAAGCUAUACAAUCAUCUAUAUACAUUCCCUGACAAAUUUUCAAAUAAUAAUGUACAACUCCAAACAAAUACAUAUGCCGAAAAGUAUAUAUUAAAAGAUGUCAUUAUUUUCUUAUAAAAUCAUUAUCUGCCAGUUAAAGAAACAAACAACAAAGUUAUGAAAUUAUUUUAUUAUUAUAAUAUACUGAAAAAUCUGUAAAUACUCGAUAAAACUUAAGCUGCAGCUAAAAAUAACCGAAAACAAUAGAUACCAAUCAAUAACAAAAGGAAGAAAAAAACUCAACCAGAAAUUAAAAUUCUAAUCGACCUAAGAAAACUGUGUACAUUAAAUAAAUGAAUCAAUCUUUUGCAAAUCUACAAAGUCAUUAUUGCAGCAAACAGCAGAGAAGUGUAUUAAUGAUUAAACACAACAGCUAAAAGAAAUUUUAUUCAUAUUUACAAAGCAAAAAAAAAUGAAAUAAUUAAAAUGCGUAUAUGGCUAUGUAUAUGUUAGAAACAAUGACCAACAGCUGUUGAAUGUCUUUUUAAUUUAAAUAAUUAAACAAGAAAAACUAGUGAUCAACCAACGAAGCAACUAACAAACAAACAUAAUAAAUAACAACUAGAACCAAACGUACGAACACAGCCAGCCAAACUAUAACAAUUAAAACUAAGCAACAACAAUAUAUUUAUAUUACAUACAUACAUUUAAAUAUAAGCUGCCAAUUGCAAUUUGUUGUUGCAUACAUAUGUACAUGCUUUCACCAACAACAUUUCAAAUGACGAAUAGGCCCUCAACAUCAUCAACAUUUACGAAAUCUUCUUAUACUAUAAAUAAUUCAUUUGUAUUUUACUGCAAUUACAACAGUUCUAGCGACACUAGCAAAAAUUCCAACAACAACAACAACAACGGCAAUAUUAAUAAUAUCAGCAACAAAUUGUCAAAAUUAAUUAAAUCAUUGUGGUGGCUAUUCUUGCAACAUCAUUGUGAUUUUCUUAAUAUUUUACAAAAGCCCUCAAAGCAGCCUCUUCUACAUAAUUAUUUUUUAAAUACUACAGCAAUUCAACAAGAGAAAAAUAAAAAUCUUAAUACAAUUAAAGCCGUUAAUUUAAAUUUACUUUUAACACCUUUCUUAUUAUUCGUUAACAUCGUCGUAUCUAACAACACAAAAACUAGCUGACUAUGAAUAAACGUACCGUUAUAAUUGUAGCUCUUGUGAGCGUCCUAUGCUUGGGCAUUGGUGGUAAUUUUUAUUUUAUGUAUUAUUUAAAUAAUACCGAAGCACCAUUAUCCAGCACACGUGCCUUAGAGAAUGUUAUACGUUCAAAGAUACGUCAUCUGAAGCCAGCCUAUUUAAAUCGUAAUCCUCGUUUCUUUAUGUAUCGCAAUAAAUUGUUGAAGAACUAUAAGCCAGCGUCGUAUGAAAAUGCCUCUGUUUUAUGGGAUAUUGCUAAUUGGUGGCCUCAUGAAAACGAAAUAUAUCCACAAUAUGAUUCAUCAAUGGGUCAACUACUGCAAACAUUGCGUUUAGAACCAAUUACAAAAGUUAGCAAUUUGGCAAGGGGCACACAGCUAAAACUACUUGUACGUUUGUCGAAUCAACAGAAAGUCAUCUUUAAACCGCAAUGGUAUCCACGCGAUAUUGUGAUCGAAGGUCCGGUCUAUGGCGGUAAAGAUCGUCAUGUGGCCGAAGUGUAUGCCUUUUAUUUGGGUGCAGUUUUAGACUUUCGCUGGACUCCAAUUGUAGUGGGGCGAGUAGUGAAUUUAAAAACGGAGAUUUAUGAAAAAGGUGAUACAGAAUUACAAAAUACCAUGACCAUAACGGAGGGUGAAAACGGUACCGAACAGUAUUGUCUAUUUGGCAAAUGUCACUAUUGCAAUGAGGAGGAAACUGUAUGUGCAGAUGAAAAUAAUAAUAUUGAAGGUGUUUUAAUUUACAUAAUCCCGGGUCAACUAGCCAAGAGGCGUUCACCCUGGCAGAGAACGUAUAAAGAAGAUAAAAGGGCACCUUGGGAAGAUGACAUGAACUACUGCAAGAGUUUAAAAGGCAAAUUGGAGACUGAAAGACUUUUAGAUUUAAUCGAUGUUGCCAUAUUUGACUAUUUAAUACAAAAUGGUGAUCGCCAUCACUUUGAAACGCGCGAAGAACGUGUGGUGUUAAUAGAUAACGGUAAAGCAUUUGGUAAUCCCAACAAAGAUCAUUUGGAUAUAUUGGCGCCUCUCUACCAAUGCUGUUUAUUACGUGCUUCCACCUGGGAACGUUUACAAGUGUUUUCGGGCGGCGUUCUUACGGAACUAGUCGAUCGUUUAACAAAAGCCGAUGCUUUAUAUCCAUUAAUAACAGACAAACAUAAACGUGGCGUAGAACGACGUCUGUUAGUCGUAUAUGCGGUGGUUGAAUACUGCAUGGACCGUGAAGGUGAAAAGAUGUUUAAGAAUUUAUAAAACUAUAAAUGCUCUACUUUCUUUCUUCCUUUAUUUAAAUUUAAGCAUAACAUAUCAGUACUUUUUAAGUAACAGAAAAGACAAUUAUUUUAGAGCCUGAUAUUAUUAGGUCCCCCACACUUCACUCUAAGUAAAAUUUGCAUAUAAGAUUUUAAUGAAAAUAUUAACAAAGUGAAGUGCUUUAUAAAGUAAGGCUUUUAAUAUUUCCCACAAUAUUAGGUUUUAUAACUAAUUCUUCUCUGUUUUAGAUUUUUAAUUAUUUUAAGUAGUCAAUUGUGUUAAUAGGUUUUUAAGUAUGCAGCACUAUGGUUUAAAUUCAUUUUGUUAAGAUAUCAUCAUUCCUUUUGCUCUCUUGCCAAAAAACAUGUAUGUUUUUCAUUUAAUUUUACAUCAUACAAAAUCUCCCAUCCCUGACAACCGCUAACUUUGGCAAAAACAAAACUAAAUUUGGUCUUUAUGAAUGAGCAAAAUAAAUAUAACAACAUACAACAUAUGAUGUUAUAGGCUUACAUUUCAUCUCAUGUUCUUAAUUUUGACAUUCAUUAAAUUCUAAAGAAUGACUAAAUCAUAGUAAGAUACAUAGUAAGACUUAUCCAAAGGUUCUUUAAUGAAAUUAUAAUAUAAAUUUCAAAGAAUCAAUUAUAUUUACCUCAACAUUCUGCCCAGAAAUUAAUUCCUUUGAAAUCCUUAAUUACCAUCAAAGUCAUCAGUGACUCAUUAUAUGUAUACAUAUCUUGAUAAUUUGAGUUAUAAAUACGACCUGCAAUUCUUUGUUUUUUAAUAAUAUUCCUUUGGGAAAAUACGCUCAAA